CGUGAUGAGGAUUUCAUCUUGGCUUGCUCGCUGUGUGUGGCGCUACCGAGCUAGAGCCGCGAGCGACCGCCCUACUUUGUAUAGGACUUCUGGCCUUUAUACAACGCAUCGCAGGUCAUCGCGCGCAAAACAUAAGUGCGUUUUCAUCAGAUGCCCUGGCCGGCUGAACUGUACACCAACAUCAAGCACUAACCUCAUCUCAUCUGCUUAGCAAAAUUAUUUUGCAUGGCGGCAUCAGUACCUAUCGUGCCAAACCCACCACAGUUUAAUCCCCUAAGACCUUUCCACGCAAUCGUCUACGUCCGAAAGGCGAAACACGCCGUUUUGAGGCUCUUCUCACAUAAUGUCUUCAACUCCAAAUAGCUCCAUUUCCAACGAUGGAAAAAGCCCGACAUACGCGCUGGACCAAGCACACACAAGCCUCCAACCACCAUAUGGGCUGCGACUGGGCACGAUCCUGACUCUUCCCCCGCCGCAAAAGGCGCCCCUAGUUACUGGGACAGCCGCGUCGCAGAUCUACCCUCAUCCAUUAAACUACCCCAGCCAGAAUCUCGGCGCUCAGCUGCUUCCCAACAUAAAAGCACCGCCUCUGAAAUUUGGAUACCCAGCGGUAGACUCGUUCAACUACCCGUCCUUGAACCAACCACAAGGGCCUGCCACCCCAAAGCUUCCGCAGCUCCCACAGGUUUCGCUACAAAACCUACCGCAAACCAGCUUUCCGUUAUCGACACCAAAAUUCCCUGCCGUCAACGACAAAGCGUUGCUGCAAGUCUUCCAGCCUCCUCAAGGCAUUUUCCAAGCGUUUGCACCCCAGAACCAUCUGCUUCCGCCGCAGUUUCCUACACAGAGUCUCGAGGUCAAAAGUCUCGUAGCGAACGGGAACACCACCCUUAAUACAUCUUCAGAACCAGCAUACUCCAAGCAGAUCCGGUAUUCUUCAUCGGAUUCUGAAAAUGAAAAAUCUCCCCAACAAGACGGAUACAACCAUACUCCUAAAUUCAUUCAUUCUAAACAUUCUAAAGCAUCCAAAGACGCCAAGCUGAACAGGUUGAAGUUCACAAGCGCUCUGACACCUGAAUACAAGCCGUUUGUAUGUGCCUCUGAGGGUUGCAACUGGUCCUUUGCUCGAAAGUCCGAUUUGCGGAGACACGCUAAGUCGCACAUCGCCCCAGGAUUUCAUUGUCCAUAUUGGAAGAAUGACCCCACAUGUCACCGAAACGGCGGAUCUUUUAGCCGAUUAGAUGUGUUGAAAAGACACUUACGCUUGGUGCAUUACAUCAAAGACAAGGACAAAGCUCAUAGCGCCGCAGACCCAGGAUGGUGCAGAGCGUGCCAAAAAUUGUUUCUGACCUCCAAAAGUUUUAUUAGUCAUUGUGAGGAUUGCGCCAGUCAGGUUGCUCCAGCUGAGUGGAAAGCAAACACCUCUCCAAAAGAACAGACCAGUGUGGCAGAUGAAUAAUACUUGAAUCUCCGUCACAUUUUCUAAUUUCUUAAAUGC